ACACACAUCCACCCGCCUAGAGCAGCACUGAUCUGAUUAAGACUUGAGAUUAAUAGGUUUGGUGUAGAGCUGAGCUAGAUUUAUUAAUAAUAUCAGUACAGCAGCGAUUAGAGCAUCGAGACGAGUCAGCAAGAGACCAGUCUCAGGGUUCAUCAUACUCAAUGAGCGUGCAGCGCAAUGUCCGAGCGCUCUGGGCAAACAGCAAAGGGGAAGGAUGGCAAAACCAAGUACUCGUCUCUCAACCUGUAUGAUACCUACAAAGGAAAGAGCCUUGAAGUACAGAAGCCUGUUGUUGCCCCUCGUCAUGGCUUGCAGUCUCUCGGUAAAGUUGCCUCUGCCCGGCGUAUGCCCCCCCCAGCCUACCUGCCCAGUCUGAAGGCGGAGAACAAAGGUAACGACCCCAACGUCACGCUCGUUCCCAAAGACGGCACAGGAUGGGCAAGCAAACCGGAAGCAGCGGACCCAAAGAGUACCGAUGUAUCGUCAGCACCGCAGCCGGAGUCGCAGCAGCCUGCGGCUUCACAGACGCCUGCGCCGAGCCUGCCGAGAACCCCGCCGGCUCAAGAGGCCCAAACUACAGCUCCAGUCGCAGGGACAAAGUCAUGGGCUCAGGCCAGUGUUACACUUGGAGUACAAGGAGAUGGUGGAAGGGGAUCAAACCAACCGUCGCCAUUCUCUCGCGAGGAAUUUCCUACCCUGCAGGCGGCGGGAGAGCAGGACAAAGCUGGCAAAGAACAGGCCACUGCAGAUCAGUGGUAUGGGCCAGGACCAAGCCUCCGCCCCCAGAAUGUGACGAGCUGGCGGGACGGUGGGGGCCGCGCACCGGCGCCCACCGUGGCCGGGGAGGGGGUAGCGGAAGGCGGAGUCGGGGUCGGGUGCACCAUGGCGAUUGAGGGCGCGGCUGGGGCCCCUCUCCUCCAGAAUCCGCCGGCGCACGGGCCGCCCAGAAACGCUCCCGCCGGCAGCCCCGCCCUCCCCCUGCCCCAGCCUGCGGUCGGCCCGCAGUUCCCUCCGUACAGAGGAAUCAUGCCUCCCUUCAUGUACCCGCCGUACCUGCCCUUCCCACCACCGUACGGUCCACAGGGACCCUACAGGUUCCCAGCACCCAGCGAGGUCCCCAGAUUCUCUCGCGGGCAGGGCGGACCCGCACUAGACGGGCGGCCCUCCGGCCCCCGCGGCGAGGCGGUUAAACGUCCCCCGAUCCUCAAACAGGACGACCUGAAGGAGCUGGACGAGCUCGACCACGACGGAGACGACGGCUGGGCUGGGGCGCAAGAGGAGAUCGACUACUCGGCCAAGUUGAAAUUCAGCGACGACGAAGGGGACGACGACCGGGCCGAGGACGAGACCGAAAGCAAAAACGGAGUCCGGGAACCGAACGAGCAGCAGAAAUCCCAGGAAGGACCUGCCCCCGCUUUACGUUCCAGGGCGUCCGAGAGCAGCGGGAGCACACGCCGCACCCCUCCCGUGAGCACCGACGAGGUUCCACCAGCCUCCUCCGGGAAGCCGGGUUGGGCCGAGGAGGAAGGAGGCAGCUGGGGUGAUGCGUCGGCGGCCGCGCCCUAUCAGGAGCGCGCCCCGAACCAGUCUGCCCCCCAGAAGCCGCCCACCGCUCCGCCCCAGCAGCAGACGGGACCCGCGCCCCCUCCGCCGUCCGCCCCGCCGAACCAGGCGCAGGGCGAGGACGAGGACGAGACGUGGCGCCAGCGCAGGAAGCAGUCGUCCACCGAGAUCUCGGUGGCGGUGGAGCGGGCCCGGCGCCGGCGCGAGGAAGAGGAGCGCAGGAUGGAGGAAGAGCGGCGCGCCGCCUGCGCCGAGAAGCUGAAGAGGCUGGACGAGAAGCAGCAGCAACAGCAGCAUCAGAAGCCCGCCGCCGCCGGAGAGACCCCCGCCACCAGUCCCACGCCCUCCCUGCCCGCCUCGGCGUCCUCCCCCGGCGCCAGUCAGCCCCCGUCGCCCUGCGUGGACACGGAGGAGCCGCCGCUCUCGUCCUCGCAGACGGGGGGCGCCGCGCUGACCCUGAGCGCUAAUAACAGGCAGAGGGCAAACAGCAACAGCAGCCACGACUCCAACACUGACUCGCAGCAGGUUGCUCAGCCUCUCGCCCCCCAGCAUCAGCCGCCUCAUGAGGUCAUGCCACCGGUGGAGGUCAAGGAGGAACCCGUGUCCGGCGGCCCGCACGUCCGCAACAGCGGCGGCCGGAACGACGAGCCCGUGAAGGUGGAGGCCAUUUCGGGAGGAGCUGCGAGGCAGGGGGGUGGAAUGUCCGGCCAGGGCUUCUCCAAAUACCAGAAAUCCCUCCCACCUCGAUUUCAGAGGCAGCAGCAGGAGCAGCUCCUCAAACAGCAGCAGCAGUGGCAGCAGCAGCAGCAGCAGCACAGCCAGGUCGCCCAAGUCCAGCUCCAAUCCCAGGCUCCCCAGCAGGGCCCCGCUCCCGGCGCCGCACCACAGUCGGGCCCCAAGCAGCCCGCUCUCUACCCGCCCGGCUCCAUGGCGCGUCCGCCGCCCCUGACCAUGAACUUUGAUCCUCGCUGGAUGAUGAUGCCCUACAUGGAUCCGCGCAUGAUGCAGGGUCGUCCUCCGCCCAUGGAUUACUACACGCCCAGCAUGCACCCCACCGGGUUGAUCAGUCGAGAGCGCUCCGACUCCGGCGGCUCCGGUUCAGAGCCCUUCGACAGGCAGCAGCACGGAGGUCCUCCUCAUCCUCAUCGCGGCACACCCCCCAUGGAUCCUAAACUAGCCUGGGGACCCGAGGUCUUUCCGGGGGCCGGCGAGGGUCGGCCCCUGAGCUCCCCUUUAAGGCAGAAGCAGGCUCUGGAGGAGGAGGAGAUGACCAAAGGACCCAGGAGUGACACUCCGCCGGUGCGCCUUCGCGACGGAAGCGCAGGUCCCGUCCAGCCGGUCGUCGUGGGUGCUAAUUCUCCUCCCGGCUCCUCCGAUCAGGCCGUAUCGCCCGUCGGGACUCAAGUCGGGCAUCACCAGCCGUUCCUGGCCGGGCGAGGGAACUACGGCAGCUUCCCCGACGGCGGAUCCAGGAUGGUGUCUCACCCGCAGCAGAGAGGGAACGGCGCGGGAGAGCCGCGCGGCUUCGGCCGUCAGGACGACGGGCCUCAGGGCGGCCAGCAGGGUCAGAUCUGGGGCGCCCCGCAUCCACACUACGACCGCAACGGCCGCCCCGAUCUCCCCUCCCUGGAGAGCAACCCCCAUCUGCAGCAGCAGCAGCAGCAGCAGCAGCAGCAUCACGCCCAUCCCGGCCACCCCCCACAUUUCUCUCUCCAUCAGCACAGACAGGAGAACGGCCGCGAGCCCAAGAAGAGCGACGCCUCGCCCCCGCUUCAGCAGCCUCCGCUGUCCGUGUCCUGCUCCUCCUCUUCCUCCGCCUCUUCCGCCAGAGAGGACGGCAUGGGGAAGCAGGCGCCGCAUCACCCCCCGCCGCAGCACGAGCACGACCCCGGGGCCGGGAACGCCCUCGGGCGGAAGCAGGACAAAUCCGGGAAUCCCUACGCCCCCUCGCAGUCCCAGCACCACCCUAAGGCUAACCCUCGCAAUCGCGAGCAAAAGACUGAGACCCAGUGGGGCCCCAGACCCGGGAGCAGCAAUGCGGGAGGAGCUCAGAACAGAAAAGGAGGGAGCGGAAACGCACGAGGGGAAGAAUCGAGUCAUCCCAUGGGCGAUAAGCCUGCCGUCCAGUCAGGCGGGGGUCACACGGGCAAACGAGUGGGGCCUAUCAAGCGACCGGUGCUGAAGGAAAUGAAAAGGGACGAAGGCGAAGGAGGGGAGAAAAACGCCGCGAAAGAUAAAGAGCAGGAUUCCAGUCAGGCGGCAGCCAAGCCGGACGUCACGUCUGGACCCUCUGCGAAGGACGAAUCCGCUCCCUCUGGAAAGCCUAGAAACGGCGGAAAGGAGCGCGGCGCAUCCAGUAAAGCGUCCAAAGAAGGGGACGGCGCCGUCCAAGCGCCCGGAUCUUCCGCUCCCCCGCCGCCCAGACGGGACCGGGAGCAUUCCUACGAAAGAAACAGCAGCGCCGCUUACCACGCCGGGUCCUCCCGAGGCAACCGGGCUAACCGCGGAAGAGGAGAGUUCUACGGGCGAGGCAGGGGCUACAGAGGAAGCUACUCGGGCGGCGGGCGAGGCCGACCCGGGGGCAGGAGCGGCCGAGACUACAGGUCGAACCCCGGCGCGGGAUUCCAGCAAGGCUCCUCCAACCAAGACUUCAAGAGGGAGGCGAUGUCAGGGAGACGCGGCCACCCGAGCUCCCAGUCCAACCCGGGUAGAGCCAGGAACCACAGCGAGACCCGGAGCGAGGGCUCCGAGUACGAAGAAGUCCCCAAAAGGAGGCGGCAGAGGGGGUCCGAAACGGGCAGCGAGAGCGCCGCGAGCGACAAGGAGGAUCGCAAAGCCAACAAGAAAGCGGCGGGCGAGAACGCGGCACCGGGCAACGCCUCGUCUUCGGCGCAGCCGAGAAACGCUCACGCCAGGGUGUUCACGCCCAGGGGCGUGCCGUCUAGACGCGGCAGGGGCGGAGGCGCCGCCGGAGGAGGCGGCUACAGGAAUUCCGGCGGCCCCCCCGGAGCGUCCGGCGGACACCGCUCCGGCUCGGGCGGCUCCUCUCAAGGUCCGCCCGUCAAAACGCCCGCGUCGGGGCGGAGGCAGCAGGCGCCCCCUCAACAGUCCACGCCGAAAGAUCCGAAUCGGGGAUCGAACGGGGAAAAGAAGGAGAAAUCUGCGGAGCAAGUUCAAUCCCAGAGUCAAGCCGUAACCCAGUCCGUUCCUCCAGCACCCGCGACUGGCCAGACCGGUGCCGAAAAUGGCGUCCAGGUGUCUUCGGUCAACGCGAAUUCGAAUUUCACCGGCCCCGCGGGUAAACCGGCUCCUCUGGCAAAUCCGGACGGGCGGAACGUGAUGCACAGGGGAUUCGAGCGCCCCCCUCGGCGCAGGCGUUCCGGACGCAUCCAGCAUCAGCAGGACAAGCCCCCUAGAUUCCGCCGACUGAAGCAGGAGCGCGAGAACGCCGCCCGGAUCAACGGAAGCACCGGAAUCAUCGAAGUGGUCGGUGGGCAGCAGCAAAGGUCCGGGUCGCCGGGCCAUAAUUCGGCGCAAGAAGCGGACGCCACGUCCGGCGUUCCCAUCACCACCAGCACCAGCGUCAACGUGAACCACAACGUCUCAGCCACCACCAGUAACAACACCAACAACAGCGCCCAUCUCGGUGGGGGUGGGAACCCAAAUUUAAACAGUCACCAUCACCAACAUCACCAUCACAGCAACUCCGGAGUGGCCCAUCCUCAGCACCACCACAACCACAACCCGGUCGGCGGCGCCAAAUCGCCGGACGUCUCCAACCACAACUCUGACCAGGCCAACGAGGAGUGGGAGACCGCCUCGGAGAGCAGUGACUUUACCGAGUUCAGAGAGCGAGAAGGCGGCAGGGGCGGAGGCGGCGGGGGCAAACCGUAUUCCUCGUACCAUCACCACCAUCCUUCGGGAAGAGGAGGCGGCGGAGGCGGCGGCGGCGGCGAGCGAGACAUAACCGCGAAAGAAUUGUCCGCCAACAAGAGGAGCUUCUCCAGCCAGCGCCCGGGAAUGGAGCGGCAGAAUCGCAGGGUCGGCGGCGGAGGCGGCGGAGGAGGAGGAGGCAGAGGCCCCCGAGGUCCGCCCGGAGGCGGCGGUCCGGGAGGUGUCGCCAGCAACGGAGGGCCUAACCGCGGCGAGAGGCGCGGCGCUUGGUCGUCCCCGAAGAACAGGAAGUGAAUCCUCCGGGCUUUUAAAGUUGGAAACAUUUCAAACGAUCUCCGCCCGCUCGUCUCUCACGUUUCAAUUCUGACCCCCCUAACAUAUUACCAUAUUAUUAUUAUUAUUAUUAUAUUAUUAUAAUAUUAUUAUUAUUAUUGUCGUAUGAGUUCGGAAGAUGGCGUACACACUCAUCGUAGCUCCCUACGUUCGUUGCUUCGCCUCUCCCCCGCGUUGGCAUUAGAAGCACAAUCUGGCAUCGGACGGGCGCACGGAUACACCGGCGUGUGAGCGCAGACGCGUUCGUCAGUAGCAGAAUCGAUCGAGUCUUCAGUCUUCAGCUCGAAGUCUCACCGCCCCACCAAACCCCCUUAUUUCUUUGCGUCCUUUAACGUCAUUGUUUAAUAAUCUAUCAGUUCUAAAGUUGUAGGGUAUUAUUGUAAUACAAAAUCCUUGCAAAGCACGUCAUUAAAAUGCAUUUUUAUUAAUAAACACCGCUGAUUUUCUUUCUCCUGUUUUAAGUUUGUGCUCGCCGGCGUUGAUUCCAUUUCUAAUCUGGAUGUAGAUCCGUAUCCAGAUGUUUAGCGUUGUGGUUGGAACGAUGCCGUUUGCUUUCUAUCAUCUAUUCAUCCUCGGUUCCUUAAACUGGCAGCGCAAGUCGAUACUAAACACAUCCAUCAGUUCACGAGUACGGACGUCUCGGCCCGAUAUCCAGGCCUGUCGAUACGAAUUCCAAUUUUUGGCAAAUAAUAAAAAAUAUAUAAUAAUAAAAAUAAUAAAAACAAAUAAUAAAAUAUAUAAUGUGCCCCUGUACCCCCCUGUAUGGGUAGAUCACUGGAUCUGUGACGUUAACCGUCACUUAACAGUUCCUGCUUGGUUCACGUCAGUCGAAACGUGGCAUCAAUGAGAGGAAGCAUUGCUGUACUCCUGAUGCACACUUUGGGCGUGACCGUCCACGAAUUUCGUCCCGUGUACCCAAAUCAUCCGAUUGGCAUCAGAUCUGAUUUAUUUUAUUUUUUUAAACCAGCUUGUUUGGUCACCGUGAGAACGUCUGCGUUGAUCAGUACUGGUAUCGGCAGGCUCAGAUCUGUGGUAUCAGGACGUCCCUGCUUUUAUAACUUCCUUUAAUACCUUAAUAUCUCAUGCUCGUCGUCCCCUUCCCUCCUGCUUCCGGCUGCUUCUACAGAAUCGGGGCUGAUGCAGGGCCCAAAACGAAAGAUUGGAUCACACACACGCUACGUUUUUAAGUUUUGUUAGUCUUAAGGGUGUUUAUUUCAGACUAGUAUCUUUAUCUGCUGAUGCUCAUGUUUUCUUUCACUGGAAUUUAAUUCCAUGAUGCCGGGGCGUGUCAACUCGUUUGUUCUAAAUCUUCUUGGGCUUUAGUCCCUCUCCUGGAUCAUCCAAGAACGUCAUUUUAUACCAUUUUAACGCUUUUCAGGCUGUACCCCUGUAUGGGUAGAUCAGUACUGGAUCAGUUCCUGCUUGGUUCACGUCUGUAUAAUCGAAACGUGGCAUCAAUGAGAGGAAGGAGAUUUAAUACACACGAGACUCCCAGCAGACGUACUAGAUGAAAGCACGAUCAUUUUUCUACACUCGUACUUAUCGAAAUCGCUCCUGACAUCGUUUCUUGUAAUCCCCCAAAUUACAAAUGCGACGCUCAGCUGCUUCAGCCCGUUCACUGCAAUCCUCCUUCCAGAAUUCUGUCCUGAUGCACACUGUGGGCCCGCGACCAUUCAGGAAUUCCAUCCGAUUGGCAUCAAAUCAUAUUUACUUUUGUCAUCGACACGCUGACUUUUUUAUACACCAGCUAGUAUAGUGUGUGAGAACGUCUGCAUUUAUCAGUACUGGUAUCGGCAGGCUCAGAUCUGUGGUUUCAGGACGUCCCUCCUUAUAACUGCCUUUAUUAACUUAAUAUCUCAUGGUCGUCGUCUCCUUCCCUCCUGCUUCUACAGAAUCGGGGCUGAUGCAGGGCCGAAACGAAAGAUCGGAUCGCACACGCUUCAUUUUUCAGUCGAUGCGCUUGCAUUGCUUUGUUUGUUUGUUAGGGUGUUUCUUUCAGACUAGUAUCAUCUGCCGACGUUACUGGAAUUUAAUUCCGUGAUCCCGGGUCGUAUCUACUCGUUUGUUCUGACUCUUCUUGGGCUUUAGUCCCUCACCUGGAUCAUCUAAGAACGUCAUUUUAUACCAUUUUAACGCUUUUCCUUCAGCGGAAGCGAACAAAGCCGCAUCUUUUUUGACCGUGCCGAUCGUUUAAAGCUCGCUUUACAGCUUAAUUUACACUCCGAGUGUACGUUUAUCAUCUGUUACUCUCACUUUAUGACCGCUGGAACGUCUACUCGUGAUCCUCUGGGUUCCAUUUCGACUCGCGCGGACAGUAAAUAUUGUGCUACUGUGCUGGAUUACUAUUCAUUUAGUUUUCAGAAUGUACAGCGUUCAAAUGAAAGUAGACUAGGCUUUAAUCCUACGCUCCGCUUCCGGUCUCUUCCAUGCUGUCCAGUUUCGCACGCCGUCGCACUGAAACAUUCAAGUCUUCGCCAAGGAAAAGUGUUACGAGAUCCGAGAUCUGACCUGGUUUCCGGUGUGUACGUGCUGUCCAGGGCUAAAGCUUCAUGUGGUCCGGAUGUGGUCCGUUCCGCUCGGCGUCGGUUCUCACUGCUGUAAGUUGGGGUUCGUUUCCCGCGGAUGUCGUGUCUGGAGAGCAGCUUCGCGAAACUGAACGGACCGUACGAGUGUCCAGGGCAUUUCUAUCGUACGUCCGACGUUUAUGUACGUUUAUGUUUAGUGGGCAGAGGUGUACGUGGAAACGAUGGCUCGUUUUCUUCGUUCGUGACGAACCUAGGAUGUCUUAGCCGUGCCGCUCGUGUACGUUCACGGAUAUGCAUUCGAGAGUGUGCGUUUAUUCGGAUGAAGUACUCGCGGUAAAAUUAAAUGACCUUUUUCAGGGUAUAUUUUGUGUUCGCGCCCUCACGUCUAAGCAAGCAUGGACGCCUCGUCGGGCCGCGUAGAGAGUCUGGUCUCUGUUUGCCAUGUAUUCCCCCAGCUCCUAUUUAUCCUUCCUUCUUUUCUUAACCUUUAGCUAUUUAUCAACGUGGUCAUUACUGUAUUUACACAUCUUUAAUAAAUAAAUAAAGAAAUACUACCCAUUAAAGUGUAUUCCUGGAAUACUUCGAGAUUGUACUAUACUUCUGACCUUACUACGGUACCUGCAGUGGUUACAGCUGUUCUAGCAUUUAUGCUUUAUUACCGAGGCCUCGAUUAUACACACACACACACACACGUAUGUAUACUGACUGGUCUGUAUCAAAGUCUGUCCACCCCAACUUACAUUCCCACAAGCAAAUGUUGCCAUUUUUAAGUUCAAGGGAGCAAUGUACAAGCAGAGAAGUGUCUUAUUAUAAUAAAGUAUACAGAGAAAAGAAUUAAAUAAAAAUCUUUUGUUUUAA